AUGGAGUUGGGGUUUCGAACCUGUUCCAAACAACUGACAACACAAACAGUUGGCGGUGAAGACACGUAUGACGUAAUUGCUAGUCCUUCAGGCUCCUCUGACGGAAGCAGUGAAUUCGUGAAGGUAGAACACAGCGAUGUGCAGCAGAGUAUUGGAUUAGUUGGUGACACGUUGUCAUUCAGAAUGUUACAAAUGCAUAAUGUUGGCGCUGAUGAAAAGAAGACAAGAGAUCGAAGAUAUCCUGUUGAAAACCUAAUGGAUCACGGAUUUGAAUCAGAGGAGCCAUACAGCGGGAUUUUGCCUAGAACUGAAGAAUUUGCAGAAAGUGUGGUUGAAAAAAUGAGCGAUAUAGCAAAAACAGGUGUGGGGAAAGUAGUGGAUGCGUCAAAUAAAGCUGUGAGUGAUGCCAAGGUAGUGGGGGAAGCUCUUGAUGAUACGGUACAUCUCUUUGGUGACAAACUGAAAGAAAUGGCAGGACAGUCAAAAGAUAUGGGACAUCAAACGCUGGAGACUGCCAAUGAUACUGCAUCAAAAAUGCUGUCGAGUACAGCACAGAAAGCUGGCAAUGUGGGUGCAGAUGUGGCACAUUUGGUGGAUGAAGGCGCGAAAGCAAUGCAUACUUUCGAGGGGGAAUUUGAUGAUCUCACCCGUGAGAUUUCGGAUACCACUCAUCAUGCUGCGGAUAUUUUAACAAACACAUUACAGAAAGCGGAGAUAGCUGGUGACCCGCUUAAAGAGCAUGAUGCAGGGCGUCAUACAAUGCUCCACGAACCGGCACAUGGUGCCUAUCAGGGUGGUUAUCCAUCAGAGCAAUGGGGCUUGGAUUGGAGACAGUAUGCUAGCGAGGCGGCAGACAUCAAUGCAAGUCAUCCCGAUCUUGAAGUUGAAGCUAGUGUGAAAGCUGUUCAGUCUGCGGGGAAUGCAAUAAAUGAUGAAAUUGCUGAUGUACAUGACCAUGUAGACAUGAUUACGAAAAUGUUCACUGCAAGUGCUCCACAACAUGAUGAUAGCAGUGCAGAAGAAAGUAUGUUUGACAGAAAAGGACCGUUGACUAUACCACACCAGGCCUCCGAAGAUAUAAUACAGCUCGACCGUGGCUUUGACUCGCCAAAACAAAGCGGUUUCGAAGUGUCUCCCCGCCCACCGACACCACCAAAAGAGCUCGAUGAUGAGGACGUGAAACCGACAACGAUCGAUCUGGGACAAACAACAGGUAGAUCAUUGGCCAGUGGUGAACAUCUAAGUUCUAUACUGAAAAACAGUGCACAAGGUGUCCGAUUUGAUUUCAAGGAUUUGGAUGCGAGAUUUCUGGAUAUAGUUUAUUGGCGUGAUCCAAAGAAAUCUGGUGCAGUACUUGGUAUUACUCUCCUUACGCUACUCGUGUUCGCGAAUUUUCCUUUGAUCGCAGUCCUUAGUUACGUUGGACUAUCCGUCCUUGGUGGUACACUCGGUUUUCGUAUUUACAAGUUGAUUGAAGCACAGAUUAAGAAAACGGAUGGCGCCAAUCCAUAUCGGGCGUAUUUGGAGAACCGAGAAUUUCAUUUGCCUAAAGAAAAAGUGCAUCAGCAAGUGGAUGCACUUAUUGAGCAUGUGCAGUUUAUCAGUAACAAGCUAAGGCGGUUAUUUUUGGUAGAAAGUAUUGUGGACAGUGUCAAGUUUGGUCUUCUACUUUGGGCACUUACGUAUGUCAGCUGCUGGUUCUCUGGUCUCUCUCUAUUGAUUCUUGCUAUAUUGGCUUUGUUCACGAUCCCGAAAGUAUAUGAGGUUUACCAAGAGCCCAUUGAUCGCAAUGUUUUCAAAACGAAGCAGCGUAUCGACGAUAUAAAUAAGAUGAUUGGUGAAAAAGUACCAUUUCUGAAGAAAUCAACGACUAAUGCCUGUGAAAUUAGUCAUGAAAAAUCAUAUUAA